UUGUGGUGAGAAGCUGUGAAGCAGGAGUAGAAAUUAGUAUGCCUAGAAGCAGAUUUUAAAAGCAGUUUCUCUUCAGAUCAUCUUUUUUCAUACAACUUGAUAGGUAUCUUGAAACACCAUGGCUGUAGCUGCAGUAAAAUGGGUGAUGUCAAAGAAAACUAUCUUGAAACAUUUAUUUCCAAUUCCAAACGGAGCUUUAUACUGUCUUUGUCAUAAAUCUACAUACUCUCCUCUGCCAGAUGAUUAUAAUUGUAAAGUAGAGCUUGCUCUGACUUCUGAUGGCAGGACAAUAGUAUACUACCACACUUCUGUGGACAUUCCAUAUGAACACACAAAACCUGUCCCUCGGCCAGAUCCUGUGCACAAUAAUGAAGAAACACAUGAUCAAAUCCUGAAAACCAGGUUGGAAGAAAAAGUUGAACCCCUUGAGCAAGGACCUGUGGUAGAACAACUUAGCAAAGUGUUCUUUACUACUGAGCACCGCUGGUAUCCCUAUGGAUGGUAUCACAGAUACAAGAAUCCAAAUCCUCCAAAAGACAGAUGA